UUUACCAAUUCAACAUCUUGAAAACCCUGGACGUCAAUGGCGUCUUCUUCAUCUUCGUCUGUACCGACUGGAGGAUGGACAUAUGACGUUUUCCUAAGCUUCAGAGGCGAAGACACUCGAAACAACUUCGUUGAUCAUCUUCAUACAUCUCUGGUUCAGAAAGGCAUUCGUGUGUUCAAAGAUGACGAGAUGCUCCGUAGAGGAAAUCACAUCUCUUCGGAACUCCUCAAAGCCAUCGAGGAAUCGAGGUUUUCCGUCGUGGUGUUUUCUGAAAAUUAUGCCAACUCUUCUUGGUGUCUGGAUGAGCUUACCAAAAUCAUGGAAUGUAAAGAUCUGACGGGACAAAAGGUGUUACCGGUGUUCUACCAUGUGGAUCCAUCCGAUGUGCGAGGACAAAAAGAAGACUACGCCACGGCCUUUCAGCAACAUGAGGAGAAGUUUAGGGAAGAGAUGGAUAAAGUGAGCAACUGGAGAAAGGCUUUAGCUGCAGCUGGUAAUUUAUCUGGCUGGCAUAUCUCUGCAGUCAAUGGGGGUGAAUCUUUAUUUAUCAACAAGAUUGUUCAAGAGAUUUCGGGUGAUAGACAACCUUGUGGUAUGGAGAAAAAUCUAAUCGAUAUUGAAUCUCGUAUCGAUGAAUUGAAUACAUUACUGGGUACAGAAGCAACCGAUGAGGUGCGCAUGGUAGGGAUAUGUGGAAUGGGAGGAAUUGGUAAGACAACGAUUGCCCGAGCUUUGUUUAGAAGAAUUUCUUAUAAGUUUGAGGGUAGUAGCUUCGUUAAAGGUGUUAGAGAAAAUAGUAAAAAAGAUAUAUGCACCUUGCAACGAAAGAUUCUUAAAGAUGUUCUUGCUAUGCACCACGAAUUCAAUAUUACGGAUCCAGAAGAUGGAGCCGAAUUGAUACAAACAAGAUUUUGUAAUAAGAAGGUUCUUAUUGUUCUUGAUGAUGUGGAUGAUGAAAAGCAAUUAGAGUUCCUAGCUGCAACGCAUGAGUGGUUUGGUGCAGGAAGUAGGAUCAUAAUAACCACUAGAAACGAGCAUUUGUUAUCAGAUACAAACGCCACUUACAAGCCUACUAUUUUACUUAAGCAAAAUGCUAUUGAGCUCUUCAGUAGGCAUGCUUUUCGGGAAAAUAGCCCUCCGGAUGGGUAUGAGGAACUGUCAAAUCGUGUAAUACGCUACACUGGCGGUCUUCCUCUAGCCCUGAAAGUUUUAGGCUGUUUCUUCCGUAAAAGAGAUGUAGGUGUGUGGGAAAGUGCUUUAAAUAGAUUAGCCAAAACACCAAACAUUGAGAUUUUUGAGACACUGAAGGUAAGUUUUGAUGGGCUUUGUGAUGAUGAUAAAAGAAUAUUCCUAGACAUUGCAUGUUUCUUCAAGGGCCAUAAUGAAGAAACAGUGACUAGAAUACUCGAUAGCUUUGAUUUUGAUGCGGCGAUAGGAAUUAGUACUCUUAUCGAAAAAUCUCUCAUAACUGUUUCAAACAAGCGUAUAGACAUGCAUGAUGUCAUCCAAGAGAUGGGCUUGGAAAUUGUUCGUAAGAGUUACCCAAAUAGCAGGCUAUGGAAAUGUGAAGAAAUUCAUGAUUUCAUUUCGAGAAACAAGGACCUAGAAGCAGUUGAAGCCAUAGUGCUCACAUACGUUGAUGAGGGUAUGUGCGAUGAGAUCGGGGGUUAUAGUAAUGAUGUUUUUAAGAACAUGAAGAGUAUUCGGCUACUUAAUAUUUACCACGACUUCACUUCUACUAAACCUACGACUCUCCCUGAUGAGUUACGAUGGCUUACAUGGUAUGAGUACCCAUUUUCUUCUCUGCCUGUAGGAAACCUGCGUAAGCUUGUCGGGCUUGAAAUAGAAUAUGGCAACAUUGAACAUUUAUGGAUAGGGUAUAAGUUUUUGCCAAACUUGAAAUUCAUUCACCUUCAAUGGUUGGGAUGCAUAGAAAGUUUUCCAGAUGUCUCGGGGGCUCCAAAUGUUGAGAGUUUGAUUUUGUACGACUGCACCAAUUUGAUGGAGGUUCAUAAGUCUCUUGGAACUCUCAGAAAGCUUGCUUACUUAAACAUGACGGGUUGUUAUAAUCUCAAGUAUCUCCCAUCCAUGAUUGAGAUGGAAUCUUUGGAGACUCUUAUCCUCUCUUCUUGCUUUAUGCUUGAAAAAUUCCCAGAGGUCUCUUCUCGUGUGGAAAAACUAUCGAAUAUAUAUCUUAGAGCAUGCCCAUAUCUUAAGAUUAUUCCAAACUCUAUUUGUGAGUUAAAAAAUCUCAAAGUCCUUGAUCUUCAAGAGUGCAGGGCACUACAACAUUUGCCAGAGGAGCUGGGAAGCAUGGAAAAAUUAGAAGAGCUAUGGCUGGGAUCACAGAAUCCCAACUGUCUAUGGCCAUCAGACAUCAUUAGUUUUCAUACUUGGACAAAGUUGUGUUGCUUGAGAAAACUUGAUCUCAGUUGUAGACAAAUCGAAGAACACGACUUCCCCAAUGAUUUUCAUGCAUUUUCCUCCUUAGAAGAAUUAUAUCUUAGUGACAACUCUAAAUUAGUCCACUUACCUGCAAGCAUCUCUCACCUUUCUCGUCUUAAACACUUGGAGUUGAAUGAGUGCCAACAUCUUCGAAAUAUUCAAGGGCUCCCAUCAGGAAUACAAGUGUUGAAGGCAAGCAAUUGUAGCGCGUUGGAAGAGAUUGAAGAUCUAACAGAAGAGUAUGUAUCGUUGCAUAAGAUAUUUCUCCCCGGUUGCGAGAGACUCCUAGAGAAUCAAGAGAAUCUUGAUAAGAUGUUGCAACAAUCCUUCGUUAAGAAAUGUGCUGCUGGCGAUCAUGUGUUAAGUAUCCGUAUUCCUGGAAGCAAGAUUCCAAGCUGGUUCAAAGAGCAACAACUUGGAAACCAUAUAUCAUUGAAGUUGCCUCCCGAAUGGCAUACUGAUAUCAAGGGGUUUGUAGUAUGUGGUGUGUUUCAAGGGAAGUGGCCAAGAGUCAGAAUCACCUGCGCUACCCAAAUUAAGUUCAAAUUUGGAAUUAAUGCAACACUCAUGCCCGAGUUAGAGGUUGAUAUUAUUAAUGCAUUUGCAGUAAAUGACAAGUUGAGCAUAUGGAUUGUCUACGUACCAUUUAGUUUAUAUCAACAACAGACGUAUGACGAUUCUAAUCGUGAAGGUAAUCUUCUAAUCAAUAUAUCAGAACCCCUGAUGCUUGGUAAAAAGGCUGUAAGAUGUGGGGCGCAUAUAAUGUACAAAGAAGAUGUCGAAUCAAUGCAUCAAAUCGGCUCAUGUAUUCAUGAUUAUCAGGACUUUCAUUUUCUUCAUGACGUCAAUGAUGGUACUGUUACUUAUGCAGAAAAGGAAUCUUAGCAGCAUCGAAUCGAUGUAUAAAUUCCAUUGUAGUGUAUUGUGUACAUAUUUUGCAUUUAUUAAUUGUAAUUAAAUUUCUACAUACCAUUACAGAACAUAUGUAAAACCGUAUGAAUAAUUUGUAACAUCAGUUGACAUAUACAU